UGUCUAGAGACACACACCCAAAGGAAAGGACUGAAGGGGAAACAUUUAAGUGUCCAUCAAGGAUCAAGUUAUUUUUCUCUAUUGGAGUCACUCUGUCCAGCGCCACACAAGCAAAGCAAUGGGAUCAAGUGGGUCUAAAGCUACUACUGUGUCAGCUCCUCCAACACGUUGUGAGGAGCCACGGAGAGUGGUGACACGUCCUCCACCACUCUUAGAGCAGCCAUGGAGGAAGGUGUCAGAGAAGUACAAGGACAAUCUUGAGUUUGUGAAAUCUUACCAGCCUGAAAACGAACAGGUCAAACAUCUCAGGAUUCUGCUUCAUGGACCAGUUGGUGCUGGAAAGUCGAGCUUCAUCAACUCUGUCGACACUGUUUUAAGAGGCAGACUUGCUGGUCGAGCUCCGACAGAUGCAAUCUCUGGGAGCAGCCACACCUUGAAGUACAAGACCUUCGACUUUACCAAAAGUCCAGGGGCCAAAUACUCUUUUGUUUUCAAUGACAUCAUGGGCCUUGAGGAAGGAUCUGACAAUGGAGUCUCUGCGACUGACCUCAAACUGGCCCUGAGAGGACACGUGAGAGAAGGUUACAAGUUCAACUCUAAAAGUGCACUGAUGGAGGGUGAUUAUGGCUACAACUCCGAUCCCACUUUGGAAGACAAAGUUCAUGUUCUGGUGGGUGUUGUUCCUGCGGACGCAGUGUCCAGGAUAAGUGAUGAGAUGGUGAAGAAGAUAAGAGAGGUCAGACUUGCAGCCAGUGAACUGGGAAUUCCCCAAAUGGCUAUUAUCACCAAAGUUGAUGAAGCCUGUCCUGAGGUUAAAAAGGACAAUUGCGAUAUCUAUAAGAGCAAGUACCUGAAGGAAAAGGUUGAAGGAUUCCACCAGCGGCUGGGCCUUCCACUGAACUGCAUCUUCCUUCUGAAGAACUACAGUCAUGAAAUUGAGUCAAAUGACGAAGUGAGCGCUGCAAUAGUGUGUGCACUGAAACAGAUGGUUAUGUAUGGAGAAGACUACCUCAACGACCAGUAAACAUGAAUACCCCUGAGGCAAAAACACAGUAGGUGAUUUGUAGGGGAAAGAAGAAAUAUUCAGCCAAUUUUUACGCUCUUUGCAAGCAGGCAAGCUUUAAGCAUGAAUUAUGGAAUAAAAAUGCAUUCAAAUUAGGUCCUAAAGUCUUUAUAUAAUUUCUCUCAUUGAGACUUUGCACAAUAGCAGGACAAUGCUCUGUCAUUACGUCGUUAGCUUGGUGUGACAUCAUCAAGUGAUCUGGUCAACAAUUCAGAUGUUGUGAUGGUGCCUUCAUGUGCAACCGGAAAGCAAUGAUUCAAAAGCUCUCGUCUUUAUGUUCACUCCCAGUAUUUAAUACAUCACCUGCUCUAACAAAUAAAUUCUACAUUCUUUGCUUGGUCUGUGCUGCAUGUUGUUUAUCUUAAAAAAACACAGAAAAAUCAGACAAACAAAUGAUUUUGCUUAAGAGACGAACAGACAAAUAUGAUAUAUUCUGUUUAAUAUAAUCAUCUCAAUCCUGCGCUUUACCUCUCUGGGGACUCUUUGUAUUCUUUUUCAGUUUGACCAAUAUUUUUAUGUACUAUUAUAUGAUUGUCUUGCAAUAUAAGUUGAUUAAUUAUAUUGUUAUUGUGGGCUUUGUAUUAUGUAUCGUGAGUUCCUGGUGGUGGGAAGUAAUGAAGCAAAAAUAUAAAAAAUAUACUCUGUGCAAAUUUUUUAAAAUCUUUACUGAGAAGACACAGCUUUACAGAUAUCCCUUUCUGUACUUAUUUUUCAAUCAGUGCGGCAAUCAUGCGCUAAUUAUGUUUCUGUACUGACCUCAAUAAAUGUCUUCUUCUGGAA